AUGAGUUUAAGACUAUAUGAAGUUUUCCUGGAAAAUCAACCGUUUCCAAGGGUUGGUAAUAAUAUUAGUGAACAUUCAAGGGAGCUUGUUAUUCUUGGACACAAUCUUCCACAUAUCAUUCUUUUUAUAUUCGGAUCCUGUAUCAUUGGAGCUCUCUUCAGGUCCCUUGAAAAGAAAGUUAAACUGCCUUACACCGUUCUUGUGUCAAUGUUUGGAAUCAUAUUGGGAAGUAUUAAAUAUGAUGAGUAUGCCAGUUCACCAACUUCGCCAACCCUGAAGACAACCAGCUACCUCAAGGAGAAGAACAACCAAGUGCGGGAUUCACUAAUUCUGACAGAUAAAGAAAAAAGGCACAUGUAUAUCAUGGAGGAAGGCAUCUUGGGAAAGAAAUGCAAUUACACAUACAACAGAGGUUGCACUAAAUAUACCUGCCAAGGCAUGGGUGGAACUCCAACAGAUGCCGGAAUAGAGGGGUUAGACUACACAAGCAUCCACAUCAAGGUUAAACAAUACACUAAGGAAAUGGCCAAUAUUGACCCUGUCCUACUAAUCCAUGCAUUUAUGCCAGUGUUAAUAUUUAGUACAGCUUUUGAAAUCGAAUCUCAUAUAUUUUGGAAAUCACUGUUACAGGUGGCAUUGCUAUCUAUCCCAGGAUUUUUGAUUAACUGUACUUUAACUGCAGUGUUAGCUGUUAAAGUUUACACCUACAACUGGGACUGGUAUACUGCCAUGAUGUUUGCAGCCAUAGUCAGUCCCACAGACCCAAUCAUAUCUGUGUCUUUACUAAGAAACAUAGGGUCUGCAAAAGCCCUAACUCUUUUAAUUGAAGGAGAAUCUCUGUUUAAUGAUGGCACCUCUAUCAUUAUGUUUGAAAUCUUCCGAGAUCUUGCUAUUGAUCCUUAUGAUAUUAUAGCAUCUGAACUUGCAAUAAAACUGGUUUUAAAAAUUUUCGUGAGUCCUCUGUUUGGAUUUCUAAUGUCAAAGGUUGUAAUGUUUUGGCUAUCGUAUAUCUUCAAUGAUGGACUGAUUGAAAUAACCAUGAGUCUAGCAAUUACUUACAUUACCUUUUACAUAGGUGAGAUCUUUUCCGAGUGGCUUGGAAUGUCUGGUGUCAUUUCUGUUACUAUGUUGGGUCUUCUCUUGGAUACAGUAAACUUCAGCCCAGAAAUUGAAGUGUUCUUAUUACGCUUCUGGGAGAUGCUGACAUACCUGGCAAACACUCUGAUCUUUAUCAUUGUUGGAGUAGUAAUAGCUGAGAGAUCAUUUGAACACUUGGCAGUCAACGAUGGCUUUUACAUUGUCGUACUCUACUUUGCGUUAAAUAUUAUAAGGCUUGUAAUGAUAAUAGUGUUGUCCCCGUUACUGUCACGUAUUGGUUAUGGAUUCAAUUGGCGUUGGGCAUCAGUAUCUAUCUGGAGUGGAAUCAGAGGAGCUUUCAGCUUAAAUUUAGCACUCAUGGCAUUUCAAUCAGAAGGUUUAGAUAAAGUGACUGUUAAAAACAAGAUUCUGCUGCAUACAUCAGGGAUGGUAGUGCUCACUCUGCUAAUUAAUGCUACUACAAUGACAUGGUUACUCAAACUUUUAGGUCUGUGUGAUAUUUCUGCACCAAAACGCAUGGCAAUGUACAGUGCAGUCCAGCGAGUGCGCGACAGUGAAGAAAACACCUUUUCCAUGCUGAAAAUUGAUCGAUUUCUUGCCGACGCAAAUUGGAACAUGGCUGAAAAAAUAGUCAAGAUUGCAGACCCUUACAAUACAACAGACGAAAAGGUAAAUGUCAGCGUGGAAGAAUUUUCCCCAAUAGCUCGAACAAGCAAAUGCCCUGACUGUGAAAAGAGCAUCCCAUGUGAACCAUCCCCACGUGAGAUGGAAGAUAUGCUGGAAGAGGCCCGCAUGCGUAUUCUAAAGGCACAAAAGACUAGUUACUGGAGGCAGUACAGCUCUGGGAUGUUAAACAGACAUGCUGCAAGGACUCUGAUUAGCACCACUGAGAACAUAACUGAUUACAAAGGGAAAUUCAUGACUGUCAAGGAUGUGAAGAAAUACUGGGAAUUAAAAGGUGUUUUUGUCUUUCUAAGAAGGAAGCUGGAGGACUGGAUGUAUGAUGUUAAAGUGGACAAGUUGAAACCAUCAAAAAACUUCAUCUUGAAGAGGUGCUACCAAAUUGUGUUUAGUAAUACAUUUGAAUAUUUCAUCUAUACCUUAAUAUUGCUGAAUCUGUUCCCCAUUAUACUGGAGUAUAUUCCUGAACAAAGUUUGGAACUUGACCAGGAGCUCAGAUUUGCCAACUACAUUUUCUUUACGUCUUAUUUAAUGGAGGCUUCACUUAAGGCCCUAGCCAUGAGGAGAGCAUAUCUUUUCAACCACUGGAACCAGUUUGACCUGUUUAUCAUUUCAAUGGCUGCUGUAGACAUUAUUUUUGAUCAGCUCUUUGGAUUUUCAGACCUUAACAUACACAUGAUCAAAAUUGUAAGAGUGUUUCGAAUGUUUCGCCUUACGAGGGCCCUGCGUUUGGUUAAGAUUAUGAUACCCAGACUUAUUGAGCUGCUCAACAAGCAAAUAAACAAACAACUAAGCUUUGGUUAUGACAUUGGAAAAGGAUAUGUUGUUGGGGAAGAAGAUAUAAGCAAGAUUGUUGACCACAUUUCUGAUGAAAAGUCUAUUGCCCAGAAACUAAGAAAUAUACUGGAGAAAAACAGGCAAGAAGCUGUCAGAGAACUUGGGCUGCUGCAGCGAGACCAUCCAGGAAUUGCCAUCUCUGUUAAAACCAGGCAGGCAAUCAGAACAGUUCUGAACAGCGAGAGAGACACUAUUCAUGCUCUCAUGUCUGGAGGGCUCCUUGAUGACAAUGAGGCUUUAAAGCUUGAAAAGGUACAGUGCGCUCUACAUUACUUUGCUUUUGUUCCAGCACAGGGCCUGGUAUGAAGUCAAAACGCAUGUCUUUGUUAGAACUACUGGACUCCUGCUGUUUAAUCAGUCUCUGAACACAAUUAAACCAAUUAAGGUAAUUAGUUACAAAUCAUCACGUAACUACUGAAGUAUUAUUAUAUAUGUAUUUUUAAUCUUUGAGGCUGUAAAAUUGUAAAACCCAGGUUUGUCAAAGAAUGCUGUAGGUAAACCUAUGCUUUGUGAUAUGGAGAAAUACAUGACCUCAGUAAGCAAAAACAGAUUUUUAACCAUCAUCUUUUCACUCUCCUCUUAUUCCAGCAUUUCUGUGAUGUCCUUAGCAAUAUUUAAUACUUAUGAAACCAUGUGAGUUUAGAAGAAUAGCCAAAGGGAAGUGUACACACAUAUAAUAAUAUCAACAGCUCAGGUUAUUGUUUCAACUGGGACCUAAAUAUUUAAACAUGCAUUGUUAAGUUAAGCUUACAAAAAGCAAUAGUAGCAGUUUGUUGCUGACUCUACCCACUACCUUGCUGCACAGAGGAAUCUAGCGACUGGCAAGUUCAGUUUUGAUUGUUUCUU